UCUGGGCUCCAUGUUAUAAAGCCACGGUGCCAGCCACCUUGCAGGCAUUGUUUUGAAUGAACUGAAGUUAGAUUUUUCAUAAUUUUAUGAAAGAUGUCAAGAUACUGUUGUGUAAAUUCGUGUACUUCGUUUUGGACUCCUUUCACACAUUUAUCUUUUUUUAAGUUACCUGUUGAGAAUGAGCAAUUAAAAAAUAAAUGGCUCAACAUAGGCCCAGGAUAUAAAAGUUUUACAAAAUACUCAAAAAUUUGCAGCAACCACUUUUUACCAGAAGAUUAUAGAAUACUUGGAGGUAAAAGAUUUUUGAACAAAAAUGCAGUGCCUAGUAUUUUCAAGGGUCCUGAAGAGUGUUCUCUCAAUGAACAAGAUUGCUCUUCUUCUUCUGCUGAGACAAAUAGAAUUGCUGAAAUGACAGAUGUGUCAGAAAUGGAAUACAAAUGCAACGUUAGUACACAAGUAAGCUUGGACAAUUCGGAACUGGAAGAUAACGAAAGGCCAAGGAAAAAAUUUGGCAGUGUGCUUGUGCAAACUGAAUCCCGGAUACUUGGUCCUUCUCAAGAAGUAAAAGACCUGCGGCAUCAACUAAAACUCUUGAAGGAUCGGCUAAGAAGAAAGGACGAAAGGAUUGUAAACAUAAAAAAAUUGGUCCAAAGGCUAAAAGAUAGAGCGUUUUCAUAUCAAAAGAAUAUGGCUUUUACGGGCAAGGUAGUACUAAUAACUGGAGCGAGUUCAGGCAUUGGAGCAGCAACAGCCAUUCACUUGUCUCAGCUUGGUGCACAUUUAUCCAUAACUGGACGUAAUUUACAAAAUCUGGAAAAAGUUGCUAGCGAAUGCAAAAAACCAAAGCCUUUUAUCGUCAUUGGAGAACUGACCAGCGAGACUGACAGAAAGAAUGUCAUUGAUUCUACAAUUAAACACUAUGGUAAACUGGAUGUGCUAAUUAAUAAUGCUGGUAUUUUGGAAAAUGGAAGCAUUGAGAAUACAAGUUUGGAGCAGUAUGACCGAAUGUUCGAUACAAACGUUAAACAAAUUUAUCACUUAACUAUGAUGGCUGUACCACAUCUCAUUAAAUCCAAGGGAAACAUUGUCAAUGUUUCGAGUGUAAAUGGAAUGAGAUCUUUUCCAGGAGUUUUGGCUUACUGUAUGAGCAAAGCAGCUGUAGAUCAAUUUACACGUUGUGUUGCUUUAGAGCUUGCAGAUAAACAGAUUCGCGUGAAUUCAGUGAACCCAGGUGUCACUGUAACAAAUUUACAUAAAAACAGUGGAAUGAGUGAAGAGCAAUUAAAGAACUUUUUCGAGCGUAGUAAAACUACCCAUGCUCUUGGACGCCCAGGAGAUGUAACAGAAGUUGCAAAGACAAUAGCAUUUCUUGCUAGCGAAGAUGCAAGUUUUAUUACCGGAGCAACCAUUCCCGUUGAUGGAGGAAGACACGCAAUGUGUCCUCGUUAAAGAUAUGAAUAAUUGAAAAAUAUUUUUAUAUAUUGUGCUGUUGGAUUUCAUGACGUCUAUAAAUACAUGAUAUCUUAAUUAUAAA